AAACUAACCGAAAUGGCAUGAGAGAGAGCGCCUAGCAAGGAUAGCAAAGCAGCCUUUGGAGUCUUGAAGAAGCCACCACGUACGCUGUGACCGCCACAUGGCGGCCACUCGAGCUCUUCCUUCUUCUUCCUCCUACCUAAACCCUAACCUCCCACCCUCGCUCAAAUCCUCCUCCUCCACCGCUUUCGUCAUCCUCAAACCACCGAGGAAGAAGAACCAGUACGCCAACAGCAUCAGGUGCGACAUCACCAGCACCAACAAUUGGACCGCCGAGCCGGACCCCAAGGUCCAUUUCUUCCCGCCGGAGCAUCUUACGGUCCCAAUGGCUUCCGAAUCGGCCGUCAAGACGGCCAAGCGAGUCUGCCUCUUCUACUGCGCCGAGACCAAAGAGCUCGCUCAGAAAGUCGCCGCCGAGUCCGACGGAAUUGAGCUCCGGAGCAUCACCUGGAGGAAAUUUGCUGAUGGAUUUCCUAACAUUUUCAUACCCAAUGCUCAUGCGAUUCGCGGCCAACACGUGGCGUUCCUGGCGUCGUUCAACUCGCCGUCGGUGAUUUUCGAGCAGCUGUCUGUGAUCUACGCGUUGCCUAAGCUGUUCAUAGCCUCGUUCACGCUUGUGCUUCCGUUUUUUCCGACGGGGACGUCGGAGCGUAUGGAGGAUGAGGGAGAUGUGGCCACUGCUUUCACACUGGCCAGGGCAUUGUCGAAUAUUCCGAUUUCGAUGGGAGGGCCUACUAGUUUGGUUAUCUAUGAUAUCCAUGCCUUGCAGGAAAGGUUUUACUUUGGUGAUAAUAUAUUGCCGUGCUUUGAGAGUGGUAUCCCGUUGCUUAAAGCUAGACUUCAACAGCUCCGUGAUUCCGACAAUAUAUCCAUUUGUUUUCCUGAUGAUGGUGCAUGGAAGCGAUUUAAUAAGCAGCUGCAGCACUUCCCAACGAUCGUUUGUGCUAAAGUUCGAGAAGGUGACCAACGGAUUGUGCGUAUUAAAGAAGGAGAUCCUAAAGGACGGCAUGUUGUGAUUGUUGAUGAUUUGGUUCAGUCUGGUGGCACACUGAUUGAAUGUCAGAAAGUAUUAGCCGCCCAUGGAGCAGCAAAGAUAAGCGCUUAUGUAACACACGGGAUUUUCCCUAAUAGAUCAUGGGAACGCUUCGGAAGUGAUAAAGGAGCAGGGAACCCUGAGCAGGGCCUCACAUACUUCUGGAUUACAGAUUCAUGUCCCACAACAGUGAGAGAUGUGAUGUACAAUCCACCAUUCGAAGUUCUUAGCCUUGCCGGUUCCAUAGCAACUACUUUGCAAAAGUAGGUGAAACAACCAGUGGAUAAAUGUCCUUUACCACCCCCAACUCCUUCCUGUUUUUUAGUGUUCGAUGAAUUUUGGAGUCAUUAACUAGAGAACGCAUGCGGCUGAGUAGUUAUGCGGCUGAGAAUUUUUCACUUGCAGCAAUUAGAUGACCAAAAUGAUGCCAACUAUCUGCGGCACUUGAAAACUGUUGUGCAAGUAACACUUUUUUUUUUGUCCUUCGCUGUACAAACUGUUGCACUUUUAUGACACUAAGUGUCGGUUUUAAUUACUGGGAGUUAAUAAAUGACUGAAUACAGUCGCCUAUU